AAUGGCUAAGGGGAAAUUAUUCGGUUUAAUUUUACUUCCUGGUGCGUUUGGAAAAAUCUCAACAACAUUACGCACAAGUGUCACUGAGUCCAGUCCACCUUAAAUCAACUCUGCCAGACUGUGCGCAACACAUUUCCUGAAAACGCCCCGUGGAAGAGAAAAGGCGGAAACUCCAGAGACUCUGAAUAAUAAUAACAAGAAAAAAAAAAAAGCUUGUUUGUCCAGAAGAGGAGGGACGGACUUCAAUUGACUUCUGCGGCAAAAACGUCUCUUCACUUUCCCCCAAACCUUCACCCUCCGCAACAGCAAACUGUCAGCCCGGCCUGAGCAGCAGCAGCAGCAGCGGGUGUGAGUGAACAUGCGAGCCGGAGGAGUCGCUGGCUGAGCGGACACACGACGACCAGGCGCGGCGCGGAGCUCAUGGAGGAAGCCCCUGUGGCGCAGGAGUGAAACCAAAACCGUGAAGCUAACGUCAAGUUCGGGAGAACGAGGUGACAGACACCAUGUUGGGAAACACGGGAACUUACGCCAACAAGAAGAGGAAGAAGCCUGUCCUCAAACAAAAGAAAGUCUCUGAAGGCAAUGAGGUUGUCAAAUCAAACCCUUCAAAGCGACACCGGGAUCGGCUGAAUGGGGAGCUGGACCGCCUCACCGACCUCUUGCCCUUAUCUGAGGAGGGUCGCUCCCGUCUGGACAAACUGUCUGUCCUUCGCCUUAGCGUGGGAUACCUGAAGGCCAAGAGCUACUUUAAAGCCAUCAUGAAGAACAGCAGCAGCAGCAGUCUACAGAUUCCUGGGCUGAAUGGGCAGAAUGGGAACAGCAUGGACACCACAGGCUUCUCCGAGGGCGACCUGCUGCUCCAGGCAUUGAAUGGGUUUGUGAUCGUGGUCACGUCGGACGGUUUGGUGUUUUAUGCCUCUUCCACAAUCAAGGAAUACCUGGGCUUCCAUCAGUCGGACGUGGUUCACCAGAGUGUCUUUGAUCUCAUCCACACUGACGACCGAGACAUGUUCAGACAGCAGCUGCACUUCGCCCUGAACCCACCACCAAUCAGCACGGCAGGAAAUGCCUUGCAGAGCUCUGGUAACACAGAGAUGUUCAGUCCUGAGCACCUUCCUCCAGAGAACUCGUCCAUCCUGGAGCGGAGCUUUGUGUGUCGCUUCCGCUGCCUCCUGGACAACUCGUCCGGCUUUCUGGCGUUGAAGUUCCAGGGGCGACUGAAGUUCCUCCACGGUCAGAGUGUUGUGAAGGACAACAGGACGUGCAACCCCCCUCAGCUGGCUCUGUUUAGCAUUGCAAUGCCUGUUCAGUCCCCGUCCAUCGUGGAGAUCAGAGCUAAGAUGAUUCUGUUUCAAACCAAACACCAGCUGGACUUCACACCCAUGAGCAUUGACAGCAGGGGGAAAAUAAUCCUGGGCUACUCAGAGACUGAACUGUGUAUGAAAGGCUCCGGCUACCAAUUCAUCCACGCAGCUGAUAUGAUGUACUGCGCUGACAGACACCUGCGCAUGAUUAAAACAGGAGAGACCGGACUCACUGUCUUCAGGCUCCUCAGUAAGUCAAACAGCUGGGUGUGGGUGAAGUCCAAUGCAAAGCUGAUCUUCAAAGAAGGACGACCAGAAUUCAUCAUCUGCUAUCAGAAAGCUUUAGUCAACACUGAAGGUGAGGACUAUCUGCGUCAGAGGAACAUGCAGCUUCCCUUCAGCCUCACCAGAGGAGAGGCCAUCCUCUACAAUACCGGCCCCACUGUGGACGUCCCAGCCUCUCAUUUCAAUAAAAUGUUCAGCAACACGGACAUAAGCAAGGACAUGGCGCCCGGCUCUUUGCUGGACUGCUUCCUGAGACAGGAUGAAGCGGUGUACACCCAGACAGUGGAGCCGCCCUUACCUGUGGACCAGGUUUUCCAGGAGAGCCGCGCUCUUGUCACCAUUCCCAGUGACAUGUGGCAGGAAAACAGGACCCUGGUCAAUACAGACCCUGUUGCUAUGAAAGCAGAGGCCAAGCAGUCUGUGAUGGCUGUGAUCGACAACUUUGAAAAAAUGGCUCAAAGUGGGGACUUUGGUGCAGCGCUGCAGAAUCUGGAGGUGGACAACACUGAGCUGAUGGAGUUCAAAAGAUUGGGUCAGGACGAGGAUCAGCGGAACAACAUCAGCUCUGAGCUGGACAGCAUCCUCACAAAUGACAUAUUUGACUACAUUGACAGGGUUCUGUUCCAGGAGAAGGGAGGCGAUGGUCCCAGCAGCCUCUGCAAUAAUCCACAGGAGCCCUUCAGUGACGCUGCUCUGUACUCAGCCACUCGGCUCUGUAAGGCACAGUUGUUUAAUACACAGAGUCCUCUUCAUACCUACUCUCCAAAUAAUGGACUCUACACUCACCAGCAGGAUCCAGGGCAGAGCUUAUCAGACCCUGCACAGAUACUCACCAGCAUCCACAAACUCUCACACCAAGGUCCCCUCAUUGCUGCGGCUGACACACACCUACCACCUCUUCAACAGCUGCAGCUCCAGGACAUUUUCAGCCCGUCGAUAGAGCUCCCAGAUCUUGUUGUUCCUGAUGCCCCGGCCCCAUUCCAGUCCUGCGGGCAGGUGCCCAUCAGCCACAUGGGAGGGGUACAAAGGGUCCCUGCUCAGACACCGUUCCUGCCAAACAAUUUGCCGGCUCCUGCGAUGGUAGGGAAUGGACACAUGCUGCAGAGCUCAGUUAAACAACCAAAGAACAUAGCACCCGGUGUGGUGGAUAUUUUGCCACAACUGAUUCCCUGCAAUGACUUAAGUUCCUCUACCACACAGAUCAUUCCCAGUCCCUUUGCUGCAGCUUGUCUGCAGGGAAGUUCCCCCUUUGAAAUGCACACGGUUCAGCAGUGGCCACAGGGUCAGCAGCAGAUGCUGCCUCAGUCUGGCACCAUGCAGAACGGACAUCAGCUGAUGCCAGACUGUCAUGGCCAAACUUCCGAAAGCCAAACAGUUUCGCGCAGUGGUCUAUGGCCCAGACGAGUUACCGGACUGAACCACUCUCUGCAAGGCGGGCUGGCAUGUGGACAGGCAGUUACUCACAGCAGCUGCAUGUUUGAGCAGCAUUUGUCCUCCAGUCCAGCAGUGGGCGACAUGCUGGCGCUCUCAGGAGUGACGCUGGAUCCGAGUCCUCUUCAAGGUUCCUGCUGCUUCCAGUGGGGCUGCAGUGAACCAGUGGUGGGAGCAUCGACCAUCAACCAGGAGAACGGCAACAUCCCGUCAGAGCACAUUCAGCACUACCAGGAAAACCACAGGCAGACACAGGAUGAAAAACUCUCGUCUGAACUCAAUGGGAUCUUUGCGGCUCCUCCUCAUGACGUAGCCAUGUACUCUGCGUAGUCGAGGACAACACAGGGCCUGUAUCAGUGCUUUUAAUGCUUUUCCUCCUGCUUUAUAUCACUUUGUAUUAUAUUUACUGUGUCCACUCUCAUGUUUGUCAGUUUCUAUUGCAGAUACACUUAAAAAAUGAAAAUAUUAAAAAUAAAAAUGAAGUAUGAAGCCGAAAGUGCCUGUACCAGGAUGGAACUUUAGCCAGUUAGUAAGCUGGGUCGGGGGAACCCUAAAAAUAAAAAAAAAAUGUUUUUACAAGGGAAACAGUGCUCAUGUCCACAGAUUUCCCAGAUUUAGAUUCAUGAAACAGUCCGAAUGUUUGUUUUUUUAUAUAUAUAUACAUAUACACAGCUGUACCACCAUCAUCCAUAUCACUACAGAUGAAAUAAUCUGUAUAUUUGAAAAAUGGCCGAUAUAAGUAUAUGAAUACAAUAUUGGAAGUCAAUGUAUUUUAUAUAUGCUUCAAUAGAAGGGCUGAUAACUUGUGUUUAUCUGUGUUCAGUGUAAAUGUGCUCGAAUCUCAACAUUCAAGACCAAGAUUUAACGAGUAGAGGAAACAAAGAAUCUCAAUUACCAAAAAUGACAUCUGUCAUAUUCAGUCUUCUUUCUGCUGCUGCUGCUGUCAGGGAUGGAAACGUUUUGAUUAGCUGCAUCAUUCCAGUUCAGUUUAGGAUUUACUGAAACAGAAAAUAAGUACAGCUGAAGGAGAGUGUAUCCAAAUUCUCUGUUGCUAAUUAAGACUCAUGGGCUAUUAAACAAAAAGGCAUCUUCCUGGUGUUGGUAAAGCAGUGUCAGUUAAACUGUACGUAAAGUCAAUCUGGGACAAUUAGCUUUGAGAAACCAGAGCAUUGACGAUCUCAUUCCAUUUGUUGAAAUCCUCUAUACAUCCCGAUAGAAAUCGCUGAAGAUGGUGAUGGUCAGAAGUAAGCAAGUGAGUCGCGGCAAAGUCGGUUGUCAGUCAGUCAGUCAGUGAACGUUCAUGUGUUUUAAGGGCGGAGCUUAGAGGGCCAAUGGGAGGGGGAGGGGGGGAAUGAAUCAGUUGUAUAUAUUUUGAAAGUGUCUGCUGCUCUUCGUUGCUUUUUCCAGGAUUAGGUCUCAGACGAUGGAAAACAAUUCCUGAAUCUGCCUCCUUCAUCAAAUUGGCUCUGAAAGGAUUAAAGGAUUCUUCCUUGUACCCUUUCACCUUUCUACUAAGUUUCAAUAAAAUCUGCUCAGUACUUUUUGCGUAAUCCUGCUAAAAGACAGAAAAACAGCAAUUAAAACAUAUGAUUAAAACUUCCUUAGCAAGGUUACAAAUGAUGGAUGAACUUAAUACAUAAUUUCACAUCUUCAUCAGAGAUGUGAGUGAAUUUGCAGCAUCUCUCAACCAAACAUUCACACAUUUCUCUGCCAUCCUCAUAUUAUCUGAUCUCGUUACUAUAUCUUCUACUUCACAAGCCAUAUACAGUGUAACCCUUUUUUUCUGUGCCAUCUUGCCUGAUAUGCGGCUCAAAAAUAUUUGAAUUUUGUGUCUUUUCUUUAUCUUCAUAUUCACCACACUACAAAAAGACAUGGCAGCUUUACCACGUAUAUCCCGCUGCAUUGUGGGAAAUCACUCAUUAUCUCACCUUCAGUUAAGAUUCUGUUUUUUGGUUUCAAACCAUAAUGUCUGAGAACAAUUAAUGAAUCAUCUUUGAUGUCGGACUUUGAUACGGACUCACCCCCUCGGAUUAAAAAACAAACCUGGAGCCAAAUGUUUUCUUCACAUUUGGAUUCAUAUUUUGAAAUGUGUGCCUUGACAGUCGCCGUAUUUCCCUUUCUUUGUACAACUGUUCAGUUUAUUUAGCCAAGUAGUAGAAUUAAUUAUAUAUCAUAAUACAAUAUGUAUAUUAAAUACGUAACAGCCUUUUUUCUACUGAGAAAUGCUUUUUCAUAAAUGAUUGUUAUGAAUAAAA